UAUUUGAAAGAAAAGGCGAAGGAAGCUGUUGUUAGCAUACUCAUACAAACGGCCAAGGCUGGAGAAGACAAGAAGAGCGACUUCAGCAUCACAAAGCACAGACAGUUCAUACGCUUUCUUCAGCAAUCCGUUCCGCCUCUUACAGAACGUCACCUGCCGAUUCGUCGUGUUCUCGAAUCAUUCACGUUCACGUUUCCUGUUUAUCCUUCUUGGUUAAAAUAGUGUGACAAUAAGAAGUGCUCGUUGCUCAUGGUUCCCGGUGUAACCGGUUAGAAUAAUGUAACAAUUAUAAGCGCCAUUUUCGCGUUUAUUGCAUCGCAUACAGCGUGACAAGGAUCAUGGAUUUGAAAUAUCCAGCUCGCAAGUUGUCUCGUUCCGUUCUCACUAUGGGCAAUGUUGGGCUUCAACUCCUUUGGUACUUCCUACACAUACUUCUCAGCAUUUGGCAUUCCAUACUAGCAAUCCGUUGUUUCAUUGAAAGUUGUUUCAUCACUUGUGGAGUAUUGGAGAAAUACAAGUCUCUUAAUAUAGCAAAGCUUCGGUACCUUGCCAUUGUCAUAGAAAGUGAAGAUGCUCACCAAACAUCAAAAGUUGUCAAGCUCUUGCAGUGGCUGGAUUCUAUUGGGGUAAAGAAUGUUUGCCUCUAUGACAUGAAUGGAGUGCUGAAGAAGUCUAAAGAAGCCAUAUUUGGAAAAUUGAAGAAUGCAAAACCAAUAGAGGAAGUUAAUGAAGCUGUUACACUCCACGUUCCAGAGCACAUGACUUUGGAAUUUGUUUCUUACGCAGAUGGAAAGGAGGCCAUGGUAAAAGCAGCCAAUUUUAUUUUUGUAGAGAAUUUGAAACGACAAAACUUUGGUGGAGAAAUUGAUGGUCAAGUGAUAUCAGAACCUCUCCUGAAUGAGGCACUGAAAGUUGUUGGUUGCAAGGGUCCUGAACCUGACCUUUUACUUGUUUAUGGGCCAGUGAGAAGCCACCUUGGUUUUCCUGCAUGGAGGAUUCGGUAUACUGAGAUUGUACAUAUGGGAUCAUUGAACUUCUUGAGAUAUGGCUCCUUAAUAAAAGCCAUUUACGACUUCACAAAAGUGCACCAGAAUUAUGGUACGUAGUGAAGGAAUUUGAGGAUAACUGACUUGGCAUUUGCAAGCCACAUAGGAGUGAAUAAUAGAAAAAUACUUAACUACAUAUAUUUGAGUGGCAGACCUUUCGGUAGAUGAGAAAUAUAAUUGCAAAUCAUAAUAUAGUUCUAAUGUAAGUUUUUUGGGGGAAGGAAAAAAGAAAGAAAAAAGUUAUAUAUAUUACUCUCUUUACUCAUAUGUAGUUUUUGUCUUAUAACUUUCGUGUAUUUUUAUUCAAAUUGCACCAUAAGAGACUGAGAAAGAGGAUGCAGUUGUUGAUAUACAAAGAAAGAUGGUCGUAUAUUUCCAAUUUCCACUCUUUCGUUUCUCUCACCAGGUUGUGAGAUCUCUCUAUAGUUUAAAAGAAAAAGAAAAGUAACGUGUAGUUGUCAUUGCAAAGCAAUGUUGUGUACUAAUAACAGGACAGAUUGUAUUGUGGAAGGGAAAAGAAAAGAACAGGGUACCUGAUAAUUACAUUUUAGCUCCCUUUCACUUUAAAAUCUCAUUAGUUAAGCAUCAGAUAUAGAGGUUAAAUAAAUAACAAAGACUUUUAAGAAUUUUUUUA